GAACGCACCAUGAGGUAUCCUGGUUGGUAAUGACUCCGGCUUUGUGCCAGACUGUCACCUAAUGAACCACCCAUACCGCUCACGUUGAGGCCAGAACCGCUUGACAGAGGUCCACCACGUAGGCUUGGACUGUGCGUAGUACCAGGGCUCGCCAUCCCAGCGACAGUGAAUGGUUGUCCGUAUACGUUAUGCGGAGGUCGUGAGGAGGGGUUAUUGUAGUCUUGACCUGGAGUGGAUGAGUACGUAGGGUUAUACAUGGCGGGAGUCGUUAAGGUAUAUAUGGACAGGGCAGGAGAAGGUGAGCGGAGGAGACAAAAAGGACAAGUGACUAAGUCCUUGCAGGUGGCUGCCGCGACCUAAACAAACGCGUUUUCGCUCUAGCGCUCAUGCGCUUCAGUUGGGCGCCUGUGGUCCGAUCAUGCAUGGAGUUGCUGGUGCAGUCUGCGCAGUCAGGCUUUUGAAGACCAUAGAUUCUCAUUUGUACUGCCCUGAAAGCCUUUGGCAGUCUAUCCAUCAAACAUGGUACCGUCAUGGCUCUCUAUUUUGGCAUCCAUAGGAAUGGCAAUUGGACCCCCUCUUGUCUAUGCGGACCAGACAUACUCAAUAGUACACAGAAAGGAUGCCACAGGGUUCUCUCGUGAUGUCUGCGCCAUCCUACUGCUUGCGAAUAUUACGAGAUGUUUUUUCUGGCUUGGAAACCAUUAUGAGUUCGCGUUGUUGUUCCAAUCAUUGUUCAUGAUAGUUGCACAGUUGACUCUGUUGUACAUUUGCAUUCUGUAUCGACCUCGACUUGAGGUUCUCGGCUCUUCCUCGAGACCACUGUCCUUCUGGCAAUGGCAGAAUUAUACACAAUAUAUUGAGUUCCUGGCCGGAUUUAUUCUGUGCCAGGCUAUUCUCUAUCUCGUGUUUGGUCAAUCUGAUGUGUACAUUUCCAUCCUGGGUUUUGUUGCUCUUGGUCUGGAGAGCACGUUGCCUAUCCCUCAGCUCAUCAGUAACUAUAAGCAGAAGUCCUUGUAUGGCUUCCGUAUGUCGACGUUAUUGGGUUGGCUUGGUGGUGAUACCUUCAAGACCGUUUACUUCUUUCUGCAAGACUCACCAUUGCCUUUCAAGGUGUGCGCAAUAUUUCAAUUAUCAAUAGACUGCGCCAUCGUUGGACAGCGUAUUUACUACGGUAAUGCUCUGCCCGCAGCAGCGUUGAUGGCGGACGACGAUCUGGAGCAAGCGCUUGCUUUGGCCGAAGAGUAGUACUUGGUUCACAUUCUGUUUAGACAUAUCCUGGGGACACUUGUAUUUAUUGGAAUAGAUAGCUGCAACAACAUGCACUGUAAGGGUUGAGGGUGAUCCUGCACAGUUG